AUGGAACGCGUGUCUCACAAUAUGCCGUCCGUAUUUGACUCGACGCCAAAGAAGGCCAAGACAAUCAUGUCAGCCUUCGACAGUGAGAGCUUCGAUGCCGACCUGACCAUCCAUGUUGAUGGCUUGGUGGGCUCCGCAACCAUCUCACCCUCGGGCCGUGAUGUUGCUCUUGCUUCCCCUGAAGGCCUCGCCAUCAUAGACCUGGACUCGCCAUGGAAUCCACCGCGAAGACUGAGCAGUCAUGGCCUCCCGUGGCUGGUUGUCGAUGUCCAAUGGUCUCCUUUUGCAGCCCGUGACUACUGGGUCGCUUCGACAGCAAACCAUCGCUGUCUCGUAUGGAACCUCAACAUGAGGGACGACUCGCCCUCUGGCGCCAUCGAACACUCGUUGCAAGCUCAUAGUAGAGCCAUCACCGACAUCAACUUUUCCGCUCACCACCCAGAUCUUCUAGCCAGUUGCUCAGUCGACGGUUAUGUUCACCACUGGGAUCUGAGAAGACCGAGACAGCCAGCCUUGACAUACUGUGACUGGUUUGCCGGUGCCACCCAGGUCAAGUACAGUCGUCAAGACCCUCACGUCAUUGCUUCAGCUCACGACCGGUGGCUUCAUGUCUGGGACGACCGCAAGACCGUCGAACCACUGAAAACCAUAUGUGCCCACACGUCCAAAAUCUACGGUAUCGACUGGAAUCGGACUGAGGCUUCAAGAUUGGUUACCUGCUCCUUGGACAAGACCAUCAAGUUCUGGGACUACGAAAAGACCGACGAGCCAGAGCGAGUUAUUCGCACCGACUUUCCAGUAUGGCGAGCUAGACAUACUCCUUUUGGCACCGGCUUGCUUGCCAUGUCACAGAAUGAGCCGGGUAACCUCUACCUGUACGAUCGGCGAACCGCCCCAGAAGCCCCAAGCGCAUCAGAACCUGUUGCCGUUUUCUCGGGACACGGAAAUCACAAGGUGAAAGAAUUCCUGUGGAGAGCUCGAGGAUCAGUUAAUAGCGAGGGGAUAGAUGAGCGAGAGUUUCAACUGGUUUCUUGGGGCGAAGAUAACGAGUUGCGGUUGCAGAAAGUUGAGCCCGAAAUUCUCGAGUCCGUUGGCUAUGUGAAAGGGAAGACCGUGGGGAAGAACCUGGCCUUCACCCGCACCCGUAAAGGCGCAGCUUACAAGACUUUCCGCGCAGUUGACGAUACUGUCCACCGCGAUCGCAGAACUGCCACCAUGAGCGACCCGCGUCCGGGAAGCUCAGGUCAGUAUCGCAAAAGUGCUCUGAGCUACGGCCUGAAUUCCCAUCUCCGUCGGGUUGGGCCUACCUGGCAAGGUUCUUCAAUGAAGGCAAAGGUAAACAGUGGCAAAAGUAUGGACAAGAGUCAGUUGCAAAUCGGGUGGAUGAAGGGUAUCUCUAUGACCAAGCGGAAAUCCGAGUCCGAUGGCCCUGAGAGAGGUAGCAUCAAAGACUCUGGCCUCUUCAGCCAUGGUGCCUAUGACGACGAUUGGGCUGAACCCGAGUCCAUCCAGGACGAGUUCAUUCAUGUCAGCAAUCGUCUCCCCAACGUAAAAUGGGAAAACAUCGAUAUGGAUGCUUUGAUUCUCAAUGCCUCAUUGAAGGGACCGUGGGGUGUCAACGACGAGGGAAUCUUCAUCAAGGUUAAGGUCGAUAUCCCAACCAGCUAUCCCACCAGCAAGGCCCCCAAGUUUUAUGUGGAAAAGACAUCCUUCAUGCCCGAAGAAACUCACGAGAAGAUCGAGCGCGAGUUACAGAUACUUGCCAACCAGUUCCUCGAAAGGAAACAAAACUGCCUCGAGGUGGCCUUCUCAUACUUGCUCGGCGACGUCGACCUCGAAAACAGUACCACCCUCUUUAAGAAUGUCAGGGAUCUCAACGACGAGGAAAUCGAAGCGCUAGCAGACGAAAGCUCCAGCGAUGAGGAAGACAGCGAUGUUCAGGCUGGAGGAUCGGUCUCAAUGUCACAGGACCUUACCAUGAGCAAUGAACUUGAUCCGACAGCCACCCUAGCUCCAACACAACGCCCCAUUGCAGUGCCGACGCCCAGAAAGUGCGGAGCGAGAUUUUCCAACGACGGCAGACUUGUGUGCUUCUUCCCCUCGAAAGAACAACAAGCCCUCGCAUUAUUCUCGCUCCCCAAUUCGGAUGCCUAUCGUGAUCGACAGAAAGGAGAACCAAAUUUUGCAGGUUUCGGUCGUCUUGCUCAGGAUUCGCCGCCUCCGAGACGUAGAUACAACGAUGAUAACUCGGGUUCUGACGACACAAGUGAUGGAACGGAAGAUUCGGAAUCCAGCUCCUCCAGCGAUUCGGAGCCGUCAACCAUGCACAAGAUCAGUCUAUGGUAUCAACCUGGUGGGCGUCGUCUUAAGAAGACCUGGAGUGCCAACGACUCCUUGCGCUCUAGCGGAGGAGGCACUGGCGCUGGUACCGGUACUGGGACGGGCAUCAGUCGAAGAAGGCUCCCAGCCAGGCCCAAGAAUACCAUCGCCAUUCAUGAUCUGCGUCGCCUACUCCCAUCACAGAAACAGUUUGCUCAGGAGUAUGCCAUCUUUGGCGAUGGCGCUGAUGUGUGCAUGCAUAACGCCAUGGUUGCAGAGAAAUAUGGAUAUCACGACCUGGUUCACAUAUGGCAUUAUGCCGCCAUGUUGUUGCGCAACGAUAUCCCACUUGAAAUCCAUGAAAACAGAAAAGAGUCUGUUCUUGUAAUAGCCAGGGAUGCCUCUGCACGGGCUCGGGAUGAUGAGUAUGCACAGCACUUCGGUUGGGACAUUAAUUUGUCUGGCCGUGUCAAAUGGGGUUAUCAUCCACUAGCUCAGAGCUUGAUUGCCGACCUUUUCGACUAUUUCGAGAAGGUGGCUGACAUCCAGAUGUUGGCGAUGCUUGCUUGUAUCUUCGGAGACUCAUCCGCUGAGGAUGGGGUAGCUUAUGCAGGAUCACAUCUUCCCCAGCCUGAGACGCCUUUGCCGAUGAAGGCCCCUUCUUUCUCACUAGAGUAUUUCCCUACCGACCCAGCAUUAUGGCAUAUCAACUACAAGAGUCAAGCUGGUAGUGCCAUCACGACUCCUAGAACGGUCCACACUCCUGCGAUAUACUCAGGGUCACCAGGAUCCGAGGACGUCAUAGCUUUGCUUGAGCCUACGCCCAACUCCUUCUCCGCUGGCGAAACUCCUCCAAAGAUGCCUCGCGAUCAUCUAAGAGAAGUCGACCAAACUCAGAGUCUAUCUACAUCGCCUAGCAAUAGGCUCUUCCACCGCUCCAACUCGGCUGUUUCUGCAGCCUUCAGCCUCCCGAAGACACUGGCUGGGAUGGUUUCGGGGUCGCCUCCAGAUCCCCCGUCACGAAAGCGGCCUAGCCCUGCCGAAGCCAUAUUCAAUAACCUUACCCCAAGUGUCACCUGGGGAGCUUCAACCGUGUUUGGGGGUACGGCUCCCGAAACACCGGGUACGGAACGAACUUCACUCUCGGAUGAUGAGACUAGAAGUCAUGACAUGACCGUCUUGGUACCUGUUGCAGUCUCCGUCGUACCAGAGAACCAAGGUCUCUUUGACGAUGACGGAUGGCUCAACACGCCUCUUCUCGAUCCAAGCCGUAACCAUGUCUACUCAUAUUACCGUUAUGCCUACGCUGAAAUGCUGCAAAUGUGGGGCCAGCCGCUAUCUCGCCUCGAGAUCAUGAAGUUCAAUGUCCUCAAGGGCGACAAGACAUCGAGCUCUGGGUGCUACGGCGAUGGUACACACAGCAUGGACGGCUACUACGAUCACGAAACGGCCGAGAACACCGCUGCUAACAGCGCCAGCCAAAACCCUGCCUUUGGCGGACGGAAGGAACAACUCCAGGCUUUGAUCGCCUCUGGUCGCGGCCUUGAUGUUACGGGCAUAUGCCGCAUCCAUGAGGAGCAGCUCGAUCCGGUGGAGUACACCAGGCCAACCAAGGGCAAAUAUGGCGGUGCCGUUGGUACAUGCCAUAGGUGUGUUAAAGCCGGUAACAAGAAAGAACAGAAACAGCUGCGCUGCGUGUACUGUCUCGAGCCCAUCGCCGCGCUUUACCCGCCUUGUCUCAGCUGCGGCUGCGCCUUCCACGAAGCCUGUCUGGCUGAAUGGCACGAGAUGGGCGAAGAGGAAUGUCCAGCGGGUGAUGAUUGUUGCUGUGUCGAAGAUGCCGGCAACGGGCACGUGGAAAGAUGGUCGGCUUUGCAAGCUGCCGUGGCGGCGAUGAAUAAGAUGAGAAGUGCCGCCAGCGGAAGCCUACACCAGCAGAUGAUGGACCGCGACAAGGAGAAGAGCUCAGGCAACCAGUCGGGCAUAUCAAGGAGAUCAUCCAUCAAGACCGUCCUGACCGGCGUCGCCAGCGUCGCCACCGAAGGCACCGGCAGCCGACCGCGUCGGCGAAGCGUACCCACCGACCUCGCCAAGUUCAUGCGCGGCGGCCGCUCCGACCCCAAAGCCUACCCUCAGAACGACGACGACUACGACGAAGACGACGACGACCUCCCCAUCAUCGCCAUCACCAGUUCCAACGGCUCCAGCGACCGCAGCCGCAGCGCCCACCCCACCAACCGCCGCGCCGUCUCAACUGCCUCCCCCUCCAUCCCGCCCGUCAUCACCACCACAACCACAAGCCCGCACCAGUUCGGCCGGCGCAGAGGCGGUAGUUCCGCCUCUCACCUCGCCGCCACCGGGUUAGGCUAUGGCAGUGGCUACGGCCAUCGAUCCUCAAACCUCUCCCACUUCUACAUCGCAGCUGACACAGACAACUCGGGCGACUCCGCCGACUCCAACAACGACGACACCGACACUGCCGCCCAAUCCACAGCCUCCAACUCCAACCGCACCUCGCAGAUCCUGCUCUCGGGCAAUGACAUCAUCGACCGCGAAGAGUGGGAAUCCGUCGCUUCCUCGCGCGGCAUUCCUUCCCUUUCCAAUGACCCGCUCCACCCUUCCCACCAUUCUAGAUCCGGUUCUAGGUCUGGGUCCGGUGCUUCCUCCCGCUCUGCCUCGGGUGGGUCUGAUACCGGUGGUAUGAAAGACAGUAGUACAUCGUCGUUGACAUCAAGGGUAGGUGGAGGAGGAGGAGGUGAAGGUGGUGGAAGUGAUAAUAGCAGCAGAAGACCACACCACGAACGCACGCCUAGCGGAAACAACAGAGGGUUCACGGCGCUGAAACCGCCACCUUACGGAGACGAGCCGAUAAGUGUGGCGAGAUUGAGUUUGGGGAAUCGGUUGAAGAAACAUAUUGCUAGUGCUGCUUCUGCUUCUGGUUCAGGGUCGAAGGGUGGUGGUGAUUCAGGGUCUGGUGGAAACGGGAAUAUCGCUGGAAGUGAUAGCGGUGGGGGUGAGACUGGUGCUGCAGGAGGAGGGAGUGGCGGUGGCGGAAAUGGUAACGGAAAUGGGAGUGGUAACGGUGGGAGUAGUGGAGGUAGCUCCUUAUUGGGAGGUGGACAACAACGACCGAGUUUAUUGAGAAAGAAGAGUACUGGUGUUGGUGUUUGGAGGGCCGGUAACUAGAUCAAAGAAACUAUAAAGGAAAAGGAGACGGAAGUUGGGAGUUGGGAGUUAAAAGCAAUUACUUGCUAGAUAGUAAUGUAAGGUGUACAUAGCUAAUAGGUUAGCGAAAAGGGAUCUUGAAUUGAAUUCGACUUUUCUAAAACGUACUUCUUCCCACACUCUUUAUUACUCACUUCACUUUUAUAUUCAAUUU